UUUACAUUAAGGUCACGGGACCAUCAUCUCACGAGGGUGACACAUUCAAGUUGAGCGGAACAGCCGAAGGGGAAGGGGAAACUGCCUUUUAAGCGUUUUUGCAUCGACCAAGUGCCCCAAGAACAGUGAGCAUCAUUCAUCCCUCACUGAAUAAAGCAUGACCACCGACCUCCUUACCAAUGCACCUGAAGUGGAGGCCCCCGUCUUCCCACCCCGGCCUCCACGACAGGGAAGACCAACGCCGCAUAUUUCCUCAAUGGACGAGUACAAGAAAAUGUAUGAGCAGAGUAUAGCGGAUCCUGCCACGUUUUUCGGAAAGAUGGCUCAAGAUCUUUUGACAUGGUUUAAACCAUUUGGAAAAGUCACUUUUGGGUCGUUCAAGGAGGGGAAUGUAUCGUGGUUUUUGGAUGGGCAGGUGAAUGCCUGUUAUAAUUGCGUCGACCGACACGCGUUGGCGAAUCCCGACAAGAUUGCCAUUAUUUGGGAAGCGGAUGAACCAAAUCAGCAUGUGUCGAUAUCGUAUGGUACCGUUCUUGCCGAGGUAUCGCGAUUGGCCAAUGUUUUGAAAAAGUAUGGUGUGCGGAAAGGGGAUACUGUGGCGAUUUAUAUGCCGAUGGUCCCCGAGGCUGUGUAUGCCAUGUUGGCUUGUGCAAGGAUUGGUGCUGUUCACAGUGUCGUCUUUGCCGGAUUCAGUGCAGAUGCGCUACGUGAUCGGAUGCUGGAUGCCAAGUGCAAGAUCUUGAUCACGGCGGAUCAAGGUAAACGAGGAGGCAAGACGAUUCAGUUGAAAAAGAUUGCGGAUGAGGCGCUUGCAGAGUGUCCGUCAGUUCAUACUGUCAUUGUGUUCCAGCGGACUGGGGAUGCGGCGGUUCCAUUCCAUCCCCCGCGAGAUGUGUGGUGGCAUGAUGAAACGAUGAACCAACGGCCUUAUUGUCCUUGUGAGCCGAUGAAUAGCGAGGACCCUUUGUUUAUGCUGUAUACGAGUGGAAGUACGGGGAAACCCAAGGGUGUAUUGCACACGACUGCUGGAUACCUUUUGGGAGUCACUGCCACUACAAAGUACAUUUUCGACCUUCAUGAAGACGACGUGCACGGAUGCAUGGCGGAUGUGGGCUGGAUUACAGGCCAUUCGUACAUUGUAUAUGGACCCUUGGCCAAUGGAGUCACGACCAUUCUGUUUGAGAGUAUUCCCACGUACCCAAAUGCCGGACGGUACUGGGAACUCGUAGACAAGCACAAGGUCACCUCGUUUUACACUGCUCCCACCGCGAUUCGCGCACUCCGACGUCUUGGCGACGAACAUCUCCAACCCUACAACCUCGAUACCCUCCGCGUCCUAGGAUCCGUUGGCGAACCCAUCAACCCCGAAGCCUGGAUGUGGUACUACAAAGUCGUUGGCCGAGAACGAUGCGCCAUUGUGGAUACAUACUGGCAAACCGAGACGGGCUCCAUCAUUAUUACCCCUCUUCCUGGUGCAACACCCAGCAAACCUGGCUCAGCAACUCUCCCGUUUUUUGGCGUGGAUGUCGCGGUAUUGGAUCCCCAAACGGGAAAAGAGUUGGUUGGAACGGGUGUUACGGGUGUCUUGGCUGUGCGGAGCUCGUUCCCUUCAAUUGCGAGGAGUAUUUAUGAUAACCAUGAACGGUACAUGGACACGUAUUUGAAACCUUAUAUCGGCUAUUAUUUUACUGGGGAUGGAGUGACGAGAGAUAAGGAUGGGUACUAUUGGAUUAGAGGACGCGUUGAGCUAGAUGUGAUCAAUGUCUCUGGUCACCGAAUGAGUACCGCGGAAAUCGAGUCGGCCUUGGUGCAACACGCGGCAUGCGCAGAAGCUGCUGUUGUUGGCAUUCCUGAUGAACUGACAGGUCAAGCGAUUGUGUGCUUUUGUACGUUGAAAACGCAUACGGCCCCACAAGCUACCGAUCAAACCCUCCUUGCGGCUCUUACCUCCCAAGUCCGGUCGCAUAUUGGCCCCUUUGCCACACCCAAACGCAUUGUGGUGACCCCCGACCUCCCCAAAACCCGCUCUGGCAAGAUCAUGCGACGAAUUUUAAGAAAAGUUGCUGCGGGGGAUGUAGGUGAAGAGGAUGUACUCAAUGAGGAUGUGUUGAGGCUAAAGUUGGGGGAUUUGACAACGUUGGCGGAUCCAGGGGUUGUUGCGGCGCUUGUCAAGAGGGUUGCGACGAGUCAGUAA